AUGUCGGGCAAGGGCAAGAACGAGAGCAUGCGCGCCGUCGUCGUCGCCGGCAACGGCCGCGGCCUCGUCGGCGUCGGCGAGGGCAAGGAUGCCAACGCGGGCGGCGCCGUCAAGAAGGCCUUCCAGAACGCCGUCAAGAACUUCGACUACGUCGAGCGCUUCGAGGGCCGCACCAUUGCCACGACGGUCAAGGGCAAGUUCAGCAGCAGUACGGUCACGAUGCGGCCACGCCCGCCAGGCUUCGGGCUGCGUGCGCCGCCGUCGAUCCACGCGCUGGCACGCUCGGCGGGCAUUGCCGACCUGUCGGCGUCGAUUGAGGGCUCGACGAACGAGACCAACGUGCUCAAGUGUGCCAUGGGCAUGCUC